AUGUACAAAUUGGUGGUGUUGUUCGCUGUCUUGGUUGCUGUCUCUGCACGGCCCAGUCUUCUUACACCAGUGGUACAUAGCGCUGCAGUAAUCGGUUCCGUACCAACCAGCAUUAGUGAACACAGUAGCUCGAUUGUCCAUAACCAUGCUUUAGUAAGCCCUGUUGUCCAUGCUGCUCCAGUUGUACACAGUGCUCCAUUGAUCCACGCUGUCCACGCUGCUCCAGUUGUCCACGCUUACUCUUCUCCAGCUGUUGUUGCUUCUCCCUACGUGUCUGUGGGACAUUUAUGGUAA